AGAAGAUACCAGAGUAUCUUGCUGGAAGUGUGAAAAUGUUUUGUUUUUGACCGUGUGUAUUGUUUCUCAAAUCUCAAUCAAGGAUUCAUAACCACUUUCGUUGACCUUCCCCAAAUCUGCCAUUGACCUCGCAAAUUUACAGCCAUGUUACUCUCCGGCCGCCACCCCUACCACCACAAAUUCACCCCCUCCUCACCGCCGGCCGCCUUCCCCUCUCCCCAUCUCCGCCGCCUCCGGCCGCUCCGGCCCCCAACGCUAGCAUCCGCGAACACCCCGCCACCAUCGCCAUCGCCACUACCAUUCCCAUUUCCGUCGCCAAGGCGUCAAUGGCGGUGGCGGCGCAGCACCGGCAGCGUCGGCGACGGCGCCCUGGAACUGCCCCCCGUAGAGGCCGACAGAAAAGCUUCCGGCGGGGGAAAGAAGAGCUUCUGGGCGGCGGUGAGCCUCAUCGUCGGCACGGCGGUCGGGCCGGGCAUGCUGGGCCUGCCGUCCGCCACCAUCCGCUCCGGCCAGGCGCCCUCCGCGGCCGCCAUCCUGAUCUCCUGGGCCUAUGUCGUGUCCUCCAUCAUCCUCGUCGCCGAGCUCAGCUUCUCCGCCAUGGAGCGCGACUGCGUUGACGAGGUCAGCUUCACGGGACUUGCGUCGAGCACCCUCGGGGCGGACCUCGGGGCCGUCGUCGCCGUCGUCUACGCCGCCCUCAGCUUCUCCCUGAUCGUCGCCUGCGUCGCUGGCAUCGGCUCGCUCGUCGCCCAGCUGUUCCCCAGGGUCAACGCAGUCCUCGCCAACGCCCUGUUCCCGUGCUUCGCCGGCGUCCUCAUCGCGUUCUUCCCCUUCAAGGCCGUCGACGGCGCCAACCGUGCCCUCUGUGGCCUGAUGCUUGCCUCCAUCACCGCGCUCGUGGUGACCGGCGUGUCCGUCGGCCGGAGCAGCUUGCUGAGUUCUCUUGGCUACGCUUGCUGGAGCCCUGGUGCGAUCCUGCCGGCCAUACCGGUGACCGUGCUCACGCUCGGAUUUCAUGUCAUCACGCCGUUCAUCUGCAAGAUUGUCGGGGAUUCGGUGUAUGAUGCACGCAGAGCGAUACUGAUUGGGGGUGCUGUGCCAUUGUUCAUGGUGCUGUCAUGGAAUGCAGUCAUUCUUGGUCUUGCAAGUGCUGGUGGAAAUGUUGGAAUAGGUGACCCUAUUAAGCUGCUUCUCUCGGUGAACCCAGCUGCAUUACCUGCUGUUCGAGGCUUCGCUUUUGCAGCAUUGGCAACGAGCCUGAUAGGAUAUGCAGUGAGCUUCCCAAAGCAGUUGGCAGACACAGCAGAGUUGAUUGUUCAGAGGUUUUCUCUGAAGCAAGGAAGCAUUCAGCAAUCCAAUGCUAGUAGUGGUUAUGGCAGAAAUGGAGCAAUUCUGACAUGGAUGGUGCUGAUCGCUCCUAUCUUUAUUGCAUCAUUCUUCUCAGCAGCCUUCUCCAGGGCAUUGGAUUUUGCUGGGGUUUAUGCCAACUGCUUCUUGUUUGGGAUCCUGCCUCCGGUCAUGGCCUGGAUUCAUCGAUCACAGGAGAGAAAGAGAUCACCUGAUUCCUCUGAAGAUAUUUUGCCUGGUGGAAAUGCUGCUCUCUUGAUACUUUUCAUUAUUGCUAUGGUCCUAGCAAUAUGGCACUAGAAGAAGGUUUCUUAAAACCAUGGAUCAUUUUUUUUCUGUCUUGAGAAAACCUAAGGCUUCAUACAGUGGUGGACCCAGUAGAUAUGCCAUAUAGGCCUAGGACUACCUAAAAAUUGAGCAAUUUCCUUUAGCAGUUAUAUUUUCUUUAUUACCCAUAAUUAUUUGGAAAAUCUUGUAGUUAUAUUAUCUAAUUGUAUAUUGAAUUGUACCGUAUUGUAUCUUGAAGUUGUACAUAGGCAUACCCUAGAUUUAAAUCCUAGGUCCACCACUAGCUUCAUAUGGCAAGACCUGACAGGUUGCCUCCAUUCUUGUUUUCCCAUAGUUUUGGCGAGUAGAACCAACUGAUGAUACAUGUCCGGACCUCUUGAAAUUCAACGGAUUUUGUGCAAA